AUGUCCGCCCAACAACCACCACGUCACCACCCGCAAGCCAGCUCGGAACAGAGCCUCAUCCAGCAUUGGGACUCACUCUCGCCCCUGACCGACCUGGAGAAACAGUCGAUCCACUCGAUCCAGAAGGCCACAGUCGACAAGCCCUUGCCAUCCUCAGUCUCACUCAGGAACCAGCAGCUCAGCACCCACAACCACCAGCUGAGCCCGCCAUCCACCAGAUCCAACUCGCCCGCAUCCUCGCUACGACGGCUGACCAAACAGCACGAAUUCAUCCCUCCAGAACAGAGGCACCAUCUGCCGAUCUCAUCCAUCGACCGCUUCAAUGACUGGUUCUCAACCAUCUCCUCACAGAUCGAAGCCGACUCUGAAUCAGCCUACCUCAACCAUCUCUCGGUCCUGUCCACCUAUUCUGAUGCAUGCGACCUGCUCGAUCAAGCCAUCGACGACUGCCGGGCCUGCUUGAACGAGAUCGAGGCCAACUGGAAAUUCGUCAAUGAGAACUCAAAGAGCCUCGAACGGUCCUGUCAGGGCAUGCUCGACGACCAGAAAGCACUCGGAUCCAUCGCCACCGCCCUCAGCGAUCGGCUGGCUUACUUCCGCCGGCUCGACGAGUCCCAGCGCGUGCUCAGCAGACCGGGCGAAGCGGAGAUCGUGAACAGCCAAGAAUUCUUGCCCAUGAUCGAGCGGCUCGACGUCUGUCUAGAGUUCAUGAAAUCAAAUCGGCAUUUCAAGGAUGCAGACUUGUAUCUGGUUCGCUUUCAGCAAUGUUUGACGCGCUCGAUGACAUUGAUCAAGCUGCACUACACAAAUCAAAUGAAAAGCUUAAGCCGACAGGUGCAAGAGAAGCUGCAGAUCAACCAACAAUCCUCGUCAAAUCUCAAGAUAGAAGAAACGUUGCUCUAUGGGAAAUUCUGGACCUUAUCAGAAGAAAUGCGUCCGCUGAUUUCACAGGUCGAAAAACGGUAUUUAUUCGACAGAGACGAGUAUGGGGCACUGCUGAGUGAAUUCUUCUCUACCUGGGUCUCAACCAGAAGCCAAUUACUCCAUGCCCGAAUCAAGAUCGAAAUCAACCGCAUCCAGAUCACCCAUCAGCAGGUCCCUGAUCUCAUCUCUCUGGCGACCACCGGAUGCAAUUACAUGAGAUCGGUGUGUACGGCCGAAUGGAACCUCUUCAAGUCAUUUUUCCCAAAAACUGGCGAAGAAGAGCUAUUUGUUUAUCUAGAAUCUCUGUGCGAUUAUUUGUACGAUUUAUUGAGACCUCAGAUCCUGCAUGAGCAGAAAUUAGAUCUGCUAUGUGAUUUGGCGACGAUCUCGAAUGCGUUGAUUGCGAUGGAUAGUAACUUGAUUGAAGCAGACAAGUCUCGAUUCAAGUUCUCAACUCUCCUCAAGCCGAUCCUUCAAGACAUCCAAACCCGCCUGAUCUUUCGCGCCCAAGCAAUCAUCCAAACCGAAGUGGCUAACUAUAUGCCGAAACACGAAGACCUUGAUUACCCUAACAAGCUCAUCAAGGCCGACCAGAAACGUCAGCAGAGUGGCCAAAAGUCCAAGCGUACCAACAAUCCUCCCGCCCCACUCGUCGAGCAUUCUCAUGCACCACUUAAGUCCAGGCUUCCGGCUGAAGGUGUCCAGGAAAAUUGGUAUCCUACCUUGAGGAAGACCUUGUGGGUCCUAUCAAGGCUGCAUACGUAUGUCAAUGAUGCUAUUUUUGAAGAUUUCGCCGGUGAGGCGGUAGGCAUUUGCUCGGAAUCGAUCAUCAAAGCCUCCAACAUGAUGAACUCGGUCACGAGCCACCAGGCCAGCUCGACGACUCCGGCAAUGAGCUCGAAGAUCCAAGUGAAUUCGAUCGAUCGGGAGCUGUUUGUGAUCAGACAUUUGUUGAUCCUCAAGGAAAUGAUCCGAACCCUGGAUGUUGUCCAAGUCGAGCGGGCCGUCGAUCUCGGGCCGAUCACCGAUGUCUUGAAAGAGAUCCUGAACCCAAGCUUCAAAGACUCGCUGAUCUUCAAGCCGAUCACCUUGAUGAAUAAGCUGAAGAACCUCAACCACAGUCAGAUCGAGUUUUCGAAACGGAUGCGAUACUCGUCUCAGAGAGAGCAGGACCCUUUAUCCGUCGACGAGCAUCAUCUCAACCUCAAUCUGGACAUGCUGGACGCCCAAAUCACGAAGACUAUCGACAGCAAGUCGGACGUCGACCUCAAGCUAAAGACGAUCUGCCACCAAUUCAUCCUCAAGUCGUCCGCCUUGAUCUGCUCGAAUUCGAUCGAGCCGUUCCUGACGAAGUGUCAGAACCAUCUGAACCUGGAGGCCUCGAUGGUUCAGCCGUCCGCUGAUCCUCUGGACAGUGGUGGCGCGGGAGGGGGCAGUACCCUGAACCGCAACCUGGGUAACCAGGAGUGGGCCUCCCAGAGCAACGUGCUUGCCGUCUCUCAGACAUUCUUCAACGACCUCCAGCUCGGCUUGAACAUCAUCUUCAAUCGCGUCGCGCUCUACUUCCAUGACGACGACCAUCACGACUUCAACCUCAUCAACGUCCUCUUUCCUGCACUCCAAGAAGAGAUUCUCGAAAAGUAUCGCAGGUUUUACAGCUUGAUCAAGUUCGAAUUCGAUUUCAGCUUCGUCAACGACGACGACCAGUCUUCUUCGACGGCGGCUCCAGCCCCAGACUGCGCGGAGCACGAUCUGCUCGACCAGGCCCAGGGGCGCGUCCUGGCGCCUUCGCAGGUCCAUCUGCUGAUCCAGAAACUCGUCUACCGACAGUCUUCCUCCCUCUAA